UCGCAUUCACCAUGUCUGCUGUCGCUAAGUCCUCUGCUCAGAAGCCCGGUUUGGAAGAACAGGCCCAGGUCAAGAUCCACCGUAUCCGCAUCACCUUGACCUCCCGCAACGUCAAGAACCUCGAGAAGGUCUCUGCUGAUCUUAUCCAGCGCGCCAAGGACAAGCAACUCAAGGUUAAGGGUCCCGUCCGCCUUCCCACCAAGGUCCUCCGCAUCACCACCCGUAAGUCCCCUUGCGGUAACGGUUCCGAGACCUUCGACAAGUUCGAGAUGAGAAUCCACAAGCGCUUGAUCGACUUGCACUCGCCCUCUGAGGUUGUCAAGCAGAUCACCUCCAUCUCCAUCGAACCCGGAGUUGAGGUCGAAGUUACCAUUGCUUAAAUGCGACAUGUACUUUAAAUUUACUACUGUACUAAAGCAUAUUAAUAAAAACAGCAUUCAAAAAAUAACGUCAUGCUAUAUCUCGGUGUGCUCGCAUGAUCUUGAAAUGCUUAUCUGUACAAUG